AUGUACGGCCACACCGCCAAGAUGGCCGAGAGCGUCAAGAAGGGCGUUGAGACCGGCGGAGGCUCCGCCACCAUCUACCAAAUCCCCGAGACCCUCCCGGAGGACGUGCUCACAAAGAUGCACGCGCCCCCCAAGUCUGCGUACCCGGUCAUCACCCCCGCCGAGCUCGCCGCGUUCGACGCCUUCAUCUUCGGCGUCCCCACCCGCUACGGCAACUUCCCCGCCCAGUGGAAGGCCUUCUGGGACGCCACCGGCCAGCUGUGGAUGACCGGCGCGCUCAUGGGCAAGUACGCGUCCGUGUUCGAGAGCACCGUCAUCGCGCACAUGUCCACCCUCGCCCACCACGGCAUCAUCUUCGUCCCCCUCGGCUACGGCAAGGCCUUCGCCCAGCUGACCAACCUCGAGGAGGUCCACGGCGGUUCCCCAUGGGGCGCGGGCACCUUCUCGGCCGGGGACGGCUCGCGCCAGCCCACUGCUCUGGAGAUGGAGAUCGCGGAGAUCCAGGGCAAGCACUUCUGGGAGACCGUCAGCAAAGUCAAGUUCUAA